CCGUAACACCGGAAGUGAAAGUUGCAGAGGAUGACACGAACCGCGGAGACUGAUGCUGCAAAUUGCCAAUAACCCUGUUUGUCACAUGAGGUAGACGUCAUGAGCCAGGUGGAAGUUGGGGAAGAAAAGAAGCCCCACGCUAUACUACUGAGGAAGAGCUCAUCAAGCAAAAUGGCUCUAAAGGAAAAAGUUGUCCAGAUUUACGAGGUGUUCUUUCAGGGAGAGGACCCAUCAGCCGGUAACAGCAACUUCUGGGAUGAGUUUUUUCUUCUGAAGGUGAACAUAGGCUACAUAGAAAAUGAGUUUGAGAAGAUGACUGGGGAAGCCUUGCUUGUUUUAAAGGAUAACUUAAAUAUGUUGUUUUAUCGGGCAGUGGAAACAUUGAAGGAAGACAAUCCUAUUCGGGUUGUAAAUGCUUUAUAUACGCUCAGUGCUUUGAUCAAUGGAAUCUUCAAGAAAAACCUAGGAGACUUUGGGUUUGAUGUGAUUAACCUGUUAAUUGGGUUUGAUUCUGCUGAAAGUGUAAUGCAGUCCCUUGUUGAGAGUUUGAAUGCCAUUCUUACUGGAGAAUACUCCAUCACAUUGAAACAACAGGUCCUCAAGUUUCUCCAAGUCCUAGCUACAGCUGCAGACAAUGUGAGUCAGAAUACAUUUCUUGAGUACAUCCUCAUUAACAGUGUGUUUGAGUCUCUACUACAAAUCCUUAGUAAUUCCAUCUCCCGACAAAUCCUCGGCCGAGAUGCAGUACUUUUGCUCACAAUACUGGUACAGUACAGAAAAUAUGAGUCGGCCAACCAGUAUAUCGUAAAGCUGUCCAUUGUUGAUGACGAGUUGGCACUCACGGGCUAUGCGCAAGUUGUCCACAGUGCCUUGUCAGACUUCAACAACAAGUUUAGGAACAGGAAUGCAGAACAACAGAAUGGCUGGUUCUCAGCUCUUGCUUCAAUGGUAGGAAACAUGUUUGUUGCAGAUGAAAAACAAAUAUCAGGAGUCAGAGCUGACGAUGCUGUACUCCUGUCCCUAUACGAAGCCAUUCAUCUCAACAGAAACUUCAUCACAGCUCUAACCCAUACUCACACUCCAUCAACGCCCACCACACCUCCCUCUUCACCUACGCUGUCACAGACCACACCCCCUCUGGAGAAAGCAUCCCCUACAGAUCUAGCUGUGAUAGAAACCGUGAGCCAGCCUACAAACCUGCUGGUGACCUUCCUCGAGUACAGCUCGGUUGUCAUGCAGGACACUAAAGAUACCACCCGAUACAGCAAUGCCAAACUGUGUUUAAUUAUCCUCACAUGUAUAGCAGAGGAUCAGUACGCCAAUUCACUAAUGCAUGAUGUCAACAUGAACUUCAGAGUAAACCUUCACCGAAUGCCUAUGAGACAUAGGAAAGUGAAAGUAGCUAAUAGCAUUCCUUCCAGACCCUUAGUAUGUGCACUUCUAGAUUUAAUGGUAGAAUUUACAAUGAGUCAUAUGAUGAAAAAUUUCCCAAUAGAACUGUAUCUGCGAUGCCUAGGUAUCACACAGAGAGUGUUGUGUUACCAGAAGAAAUGUCGUGUGAGACUUCAGUACCCUUGGAAAGAAUUAUGGACAGCUCUGAUCAAUCUGCUGAAGUUUGUGCUGUCACACGAGGCACUCCUGGUGAAGAAACACACAAACAUAUUCCAUUUAGCAUCAAAGGUGGUGAAUAUUUUCAACUUGUUCAUUACAUAUGGAGACACGUUUCUGCCAAACCCUUCAAGUUACGAUGAGCUCUACUAUGAGAUAGUGAGAAUGCAUCAGGUGUUUGACAAUCUAUACUCUAUGGCAUUGCGGUACACAACGAGUGAGGGAGGGGACAGUAAGGAUCUUGCUGCCAGACUGACAAACCAUCUCCUAAAUAUCAGAGCGAUUAUCAACCACUUUACUCCGAAGGUAGAUGCGUGGGCCGCUGAUAAUCAGCUCGCUUCUCUGACAGAAGAACAGGUUCUGGAGGUAGUGAAGAGUAACUACGACUCUCUGACAUUAAAACUACAAGACAGUCUCGACCAGUUUGAGCGCUAUACGGAAAAACCAAGGGAAAAUGCCUUCUUUACACAACUGGUGCGGUCAAUUGUACUUGACGUAAGGAAGACCACUAAUCAUUAUCUGACCGUCAAACAGCAUGAUGUGUUACAGGACGUGGUGGCCAUGUCGGAGUAGUGACCUUGUGAUUGUAUGACCUUGACAUUCCGUCACUCUGUGCUGCCAUAUUCAACAUGACCUAAGACUAAAUGUUUCAUAAUAAAUCCUAGGAUUUACAAACGGUUGGUUGCUGGCCGUACUGUACUGAGGUGAUGAAGAUGACUUUAUAGGCUGUGAUGUAAUUGGUCGCUGGCUGUGUUGUACACAGCUGGUGUAAUUCAGGGCAUUUGAAAAGUAAAUACUACAGUUUGAUGACUUAUGUUCCAAACAUAGGAAAAACCUAAUGCAAAUAAGGGAAAUGUCAGUUAUAUUCUGAAAGGGAAAUUUUAUAUUCUGUGAGGGAAAUGGGGAAUACUGGUUGUAAAUAGGUUAGAAAAAUUCCUGUUUGAUAUGUACAAACCAAUGCAUCAUGUUACAGCUAAGUUUAUCUGUAUGUUUACAUAUUCCUAUUCCAAGUCAUUUUAUCAGCAAUUAGUGUGAUUUAAAAUAAAAUGAUCUCCUGUUUAUAGCAAAGACUUGAAACUUUUACAGUAAUACAGCAAACAAAAUUUGACAUUUGAGCAAAUUAUGUGUUUGGUUAAGAACUCCUUAAUAUGAGGUUCAACGCUAAUACAUAUUCAUGAUUUUAAAGUGAACAUAGAGCCAAAUAAAAUCAACUUCUAUAUGCAUGUAUAGGCUUAUGUCUGGAGUAUUGUGUUAUCCAGUAUAAGCUUGGUGCAGAAAUUAGGGUUGGAAUGUAAGACUGUACUGUAUAUACAAUAUUGUGAUUUGCCAAAAUAGUGUAAAUAUAGAUGUAUUAAUAUAUAUAAUGUAUUUAUAGAUUUGGUACUAAAUUUAUCAAUGUACAUUCGAUACGAGAUGUAAUAGAUACACCCUAUAAUCUUAUAAAUGUUAACCAUUAGUAAUUUAUUUUCAGUGCAGAAUUGUCUUGCUUGGUGUUGAGGCCUGCUCUAGUGGCCUGGUGGUUUGAAGUGCUGUAUUAGGCAUAUAUGAUGCUGAUUAAAAUUUCCAUUGUCAAAUAUUUUCAUCAAUAUUGAAAUUUAUUGUGAAAACUCCAUGUGUCAGGUUUUUAAGUGAUUAUAAAAUAGGGAAAAAAUGAAACAUUUAAACAGAUUUCAGUUUGUUUAAUUAUAAUGCAGAUUGGAAAUUUGACUGAACAGCUUUUGAAGUUAACAGUGCUUUGAAAAACUGAACCUAGGCUGCCAUAUGUUUAUUCCAUGACAGUCUCUUUGUCAUGAACACCAUUUUAUGCUAUUUUUCUGUAUUUCUUAAAAUCUUCAUAUGGUAUGCUGUAUCGCAAGUACCUGGUUAUGUGUUUCUCUGAGGAUACACUUUCGCUACAUUUUCAGUCUGAAAAUAAAUGUGAAUCUGUUGCUUCAAUGAUGAAUUUUAAGACUUGAUUUAUUCAAGUAAAAAGGUUCAUUCUAGUACAUGAAAUCUUGCAUCCUGCUAGAGUUUCCAUUUAUUUAGUCUAACUGGAGAGUCACUUUACAACAUACCAAGUUUAGCUGGUGGGUCACUUUAGAACGUUAAGUCUAAGUCUGGUAGGUAGAUUGUCCCUUUAGAACAUUUAGUAAAGCAUUAACUAGUCAACUUGUAGUCCCUGUUUACCUGGACCUCAGUCCCAUGUUUCUUUGUGUAAACCAGAUCAAUACAACACUGUUAUAGGUAUAGAUGCUGUUUUUAAAUGUACAUGUAAUAGGUGCAUCUUAAUAGAUAUACUUGUGUAUGUAAUGAAAUGGGUGUAAAUAUCAUAAUAAAUUGUAAAUUCACCAUGUGGUAUAUCAUUGGUGUACCAAUAUUUAUUGAUAUAUCUUUGGGUUUUUCUAUUGGUUUAAAAUGAAGCUUGUUCUAUACUUGUCAUACACAACUGUAUAUAUUUAAAUGUAGGCUUAUGUGAUGUUUAAUGACUAGUUAGAGUAACAAGGAAUGUACCAGUAAGAAAGAAACUGAGAAAUUAAAUUUUUCACUUUACAGUAGAGAGAUGAUUAUCCAAACAAAACAGAUAUAUAAAUGGUCUGGAUAACCUGUCGCAUAGUAUUAAAGCAAUCUACUAAUCGGUAGACAAGACCGAGGUUUGAAUAACUGUGACUUCAGAUAAUUGGCUUUAAUACAGAUAUUCAGUAUUUGACUGUAUAAUGUGGGAUUUCAAGUCAGUGGUUUGCACACUGGUGUAUUUACCAAGGAGCUUUUUAUGUGUGUUAAAGAUAUUUUGGUGAAUAUACUAGAAUAUGUGUUAUUUAACAUUGAAAUAUUAUUAAUAUUUAUUAUGAGAUUUCUUUUGUAUGGACUUUUUUAUUUAAAUGCAUAUCCCUCCAGAAUGAGUGAGAAGUAUAUCUGUUGGUAUGGAAAUCUGUGAAAUGUCUAUGGAAUACAGUUUGGACUGAUUUCCAGUUUCUUGUAUAUUGGAUACAGGGAAUUUGUGAAGCUGCAGUGUAUGAAUGUAUCUCCUAUAAUCAUCUACAUCAAAGUUUGUAUCAUAGAAAACUAUCACAUCUGUGAUAGGGGGCAUUUCACAUUCAGGAUUACAUAGACAAGACACUUUAAGUGUCUAUAGUGUAACAUAAACAAACCACUAAAACCUGUAUUAGGAGACCACCCAUGGGAAGUCCAAAAAGUGUUCUCUAAAAGCAGGUGGUCUCCAUCACUACAUUGGAAAACAUUAAAAUGGUCUCAUAAUACUGGGGCCUGUUCGUUUAUGUGGAACAAUUGGUUUGUCCGUUUUAAACAUAACAUCUUCAGGUUUAAAUCCUGGCAGACCUGCAAAAUUGUAUGCAGGCCUUGCAAGGCUUGGUCAAGGCUGGCCUGAAAACAGCAUCAGAUUACUGAGUCCGAACUUAUUUCAUAAACGAACAACUUUGGUCAAAUCGGUUCAGUUUGGAUGGCAAUAAAUGAAAACAGGCUAGGUUAUCUAUUAAUAGAGGUGGUCACCAGGGCUGGUUUGACUGUACAAAUUCUACAUUGUCUUUUAUAUGCAGAACUGAAGUCUUGUUUAGGAUAAAUAUUUAUAUAUCCUUGGGUUGAUAUUUGAUUAGUUUCCAUAUCAGUCCUGGCUCUUUCCAUGCAAUAAAUAACAAAUAUUACUGCUUUGUAAAAGUUCUGUUUUGUUGCCCUCUCACAUUAUUUCCACACGCAUUAGAUUAUGUUGUCAACAUUUACAAUAGUUGUAUUUAUUCAUUUAUGGAAAUCUAUUUUAUUUAAAAUUGCAGAAUCAAUGCAUAACAUUUUCAGUUUAUUCAUUCAGUGUACGCAUAGUAUCAUAUACUAUCUGUUGGUGGGAAUGAGGUAGGGAAUGGGGUGUCAUCACUCUCAAAAUAUUGUGUGACAACAUAGUCUUAACGAUGUAUACAAUAUGUCAAUCAACAUAGUCUCAACGAUGUAUACAAUAUGUCAAUCAACAUAGUAUUGACAGUGUAUACCAUAUGUCAAUCAACAUAGUAUUGACAGUGUAUACCAUAUGGUAAUCUAGAAGCAUGGCUGUGCAGUUGCCCUGAAAUUAGCUGAAGUUGAUUUAGACUUGCUGCUUGGUUUUAGUAUUUUGUAAGGAAUUUUUCUUUGAAGCUAAUUCUGUGCCUACCUAAUAGGACUGUCAAAAUAUAUCGGAAAAUAUAAAAAAAAAAAAUAUAUUCAGUUUUUGCAAUUCCCACCAAUCCCUGCUAAAUUCUUGAUUUGCCCCAGCAUCAUCUGUGUACCUGGGACUGUAUCAGUAUCUUUUUCAUCUAAUUUAUAAAUAUAUGUAUUUCCAAGUCCCUCUUGCUUUUGUUCUGAAAAAUCACAUUUCCUUUGAUAUACAAUGUAUUGCCAAAUCCACAAACUUUGUCUGGAAAUAUGGUGGCACAACAACAAGGUUUAAUUGUGAAAGAGAUCUUUGGAAAAAGGAUGUAACUCAUAUUUACUAGUUUGUGAGACAAAAGUAUAAAAAUAUGGAAAGUGUGAAAGUGUGUUUAAAUGCAGUUUCGGUUACGGUUUUUUUCAUCUAAUAAAGACAUUUUAACAUUUAAUUUAAAAAAAUAAAUGAAGUAUUGCUUGAAUUAUAAGUUAACAGUAAGAACAGCAUUGUUUUACAGUCCCAAAAGUCAGGUGCUUUCUUCAAAUUCACUAUCAAUCACUUGUUGCAGGAAUACGCAUUUUGAUUCACGCUGUAGUCUGAUGUCUUACACUGGUAAGAGGAAUGUAUGCUUCUGUCAUAAAAUUUGAAAUGUAUGAAAAUCUAAGCAUAGAUGUUACAUCAGUUAACCUCUACAUGCAAAUCAUGUAAAUUACUACGAAGUUGUCUCCCUUCAAUGUACAGCUGGGGCCUGUUCCUUUAUACUGAACAACCGGUUUGUCCAUUUAUAAAUGUAACAAUUUUGGGUAUUAAUCCUGGCGGACCUGCAAAUGUUAAUGC